AUGGGUGUGAAAGCAUGUCAGGAGGAGAUCCAACCAGGAAAUAAAGAAGAAUUUCCUGGCAGCAGAAUAAUUGCAGGCCAGACAAACACAGAGCCACCCAAAGUGAAAAGGGAGGAAUCCAAAAGUCGAAAUGCUUUGUUACAUGAGAUCCAAAGAGGAACUCGACUGAGAAGAGUAUCCCAGAUCGACGAUCGCAGUGCUCCGCAGAUUGACAUUGACAGAAGAAGGCCCAGCAAAGAUGGAGGAAACUCUGGAAACUGUAGCAGUGAAAUACCUCAGGCAUUAGGGAACCUUUUUGCAGAAGGCUUCCCUGUUCUGAGACCAGUGGGCCAAAGAGACUUAGCAGUGAAUAGGACUGGAAAGUCACCUACUGCCAAAACAUCUCCCCCGAAGGUCCCAGUCCCACUCAACAAUAAUGGGAAGUCCAGUGGCAACUUUCAAAUCUCCCCAAGUGGCCCUAAGCAAGCAGAUGAAUCAGAAGCAUCCAAGAUCCAGAGCGCUAUUCCAGCUCACCCCAGCAUCCCUGCUCCUCCUGCUCCUACUUCAGUUCCAUCUCCUCCUCCUCCUCCUCCUCCUCCUCCACCACCACCACCACCAUUACCAUCUCCCUCCAGAAAACCAUCACUUAUCUUUCCUCCUCCUCCCCCUCUACCACCUCCUUUUUCUGAACAUCCUAACAAGUUCCCUUCCCCAGACAUUGCUGCUGCUGCUGCAUCCUCUCAGAAUAGAACUCCUAAAGGUCACCUAUCCCCAAUGAACAUACCACCUCCUCCACCAUUACCUUUGUCUCCAUCAUCCCCCUCUGGGCCUUCAGGCAAAAUUAAUGAAUGUUCCAGCCCAAGCUCCUCCCAGCUCGAUCUAAGACACAAUUCUCCCCCCAUGCCACCACCCCUACCUCCUCUCCCAGGACCUUCUAUGUCUACUUUUUCUUCACCGAGAACAUCAAUGUUUUCACCAACAUCACCAACCUGUAACAGUGAUUCUGCUUCCCUGUUGCCUCCCAAGAGCAAGUUGCAAAAGCUCCCCAUUCCAUCAAUGCCUCUUCCCCCUACCCUCCCAAGCACACAGCAAGCUCCUGCAAUGCAGAAAAGGAGACAAGGAAGAGGUGGAGCAAAGUUGAUGCCACCACCUGUUCCUCCUGCAAGGUCUCCCACAACUGAGCUCACAAGCAAAUAUCAACACACCCAAGUAUCUCCAUGGCCGCCGGCUACUCAGGACUCAGAUGACUUUGAAUCUAAAUUUACUUUCCAUUCCGUGGAAGACUUUCCUCCUCCAGAGGAGUUCAAGCCUUGUAAGAAAAUUUAUCCUAGCCAAGAAGCGAGGAAUAAAGCAAGCAACCCCCCUUUACGAACACAAGCGAGAUGAGAAGAUCAAUGAUUCAAGGUUAUUCCAAAAAAUCAAGAGUUCAACAAUUGCAGUAUAAAAUGUAGGGCAUAUUUUUGUUAGUGUUGUGAUAUGUACAGGCAGAUAUGGCACUUAAAAGACUGCUGGAUGCAGAUGGGCCAGGAUGAGAGUGCAUGUUCAGUUAUAAAAAGUUGCAAAAUAAUGUAUUUUUAUUUAAAUUGCUUUAAAGCUGGCCUGAAUUUUAUUUUGAAAUGCUAUGGAAUAUUGUAAUUUACAUAGCUUUUCAUUCUUAUAUGGUAUAUUUUGGUAAAGUGAAAUUGUUUGCCUGUACUGUACACAGUUCGGUUGCCCAUGGAGUUUCUGUUGUAAUUAAUUCAUGAUUUCCAAAUUUGAUUUACUGCAUUUACAUGAUAUAAUAUAU